UUUUGCAAAAGAAAGAAAAUGGCCGAAGUUUAUAAAGACUUACGGCACAAGUUACAGUCACCACACAACAGCUGUGAAAAGAGAAAGAAACACAAAUCAGAUAAAGACAAAAACAAUUCAAAAUCCUAUUCCAAACAUAAAUCUCAAAUCAGGGAUGAAGGGGAAACAGAAAGAGAACGCGAGUUACGUAAAGUUCAUUCUGGGAUCGAGCAGAUUCGUGUGUUCGAUCAGGAGCAAUGCUUAGAAAUCGAAAACAAGAUUGACUUAGUCGUAAAAUGUGGUGAAAAGGGUGGGUUUAAGGAGCAUACGCUAGAUAGAGCGCCUUUGAGAAAUAAGUAUUUCUUUGGUGAGGGUUACACGUAUGGAUCUCAGCUUGAAAGAAAAGGUCCAGGGAUGGAAAGGUUAUAUCCAAAAGGAGAAGUUGAUGAAAUACCAAAAUGGAUAUAUGACUUGGUUAUUAGUCCACUGGAAGCUGCAAAUAUAGUUCCAAAGGAUUGGGUAAAUAGUGCUGUUAUCAAUGACUACAUGCCUGGAGGUUGUAUUGUUUCACAUGUCGAUCCUAUCCAUAUUUUUGAUCGACCUAUAGUUUCAGUGUCAUUUUUCAGUGACAGUUAUUUGUGUUUUGGUUGUAGGUUUUCAUUUCGACCAAUCAGAACAACAGAGCCAAUAUUAUGUUUACCAGUUGGACAAGGCUGUGUAACUUUGCUCAGUGGUUAUGCUGCAGACGAAAUCACUCAUUGUAUCAGACCACAAGAUAUCAAAGAGAGAAGAGCAGUUGUCAUUCUAAGAAGAGUUCUAGAUGAUGCUCCACGCUUGCCAGCCACAAUUUCAAGCUCAUCUAAGAAAAGAAAACAUGCAUCUGAUUCUGAUUCUGAGAGUGAUGAUGGUCAAAGAAAGAGUAACAAGAAGCAUAAGCACAGAAGAUCCAGCCAUGAUCACUACAAUAGUAAUGGAAGAAAGCAUCGUAGCGGCUCAUACUCCAGCAAUGAUUCAAAUGAGAAUCGCUCCAGUCACAAACAUCGUAGAGAAGUGCGUUACCACAAGAAGUCCUGAAUGGCACCUUUUUUGCCUAUAAUUGCAUAUUUCCUGUGAUUUGUGUUUUUCAGCAUAUUUGAAUCAAAUUUUCACAACCACAUAUUGCCAAGUUGUUCAUACAUGUAACAAGCCUUCUAUGUCAUUUCAAGAUAAUCUCCAUAAUUAACAUGUAUUAAUACACAUGUAUUGUCCAUUGAAGAAAAUCAAAACAUCGUUACUUUCUGAAAUAUCCUAAAUUUUAAAGACAAAAUAAAGAUAAUGUUUGUUUCCUGUUAAGAAUUGCACUAACAAGUUUUUUAAUGAGAUUUGAAUACUGUAAUUUUACUUCAUACAUUCAAAAGUGGACUUUCUUAAAUUUUUACAGUGAAUACUUAAUCUGACAUAUUUUUCGUGUACCUUACUUCCUUCAGAUGCUAAAUUGUUCAUGUAAUAGGUCAAAGUCUUGUAGACUGGAUUCUCUCCUCCCCUCUCCCAAAAACAAAAGUAAAGAUAUGAAACCAAUUGGUCGUAAGAAAUGAUAUGAGGGUUGGAGAACAAGCAUAUUAUCAAUGAUGGGCUCAAUUUUUUUCAAAUGAAACUGCACUUAAAGCCUGAAAUGCAUUUUCUUAACUAACAAUAAUUUAGUAGGAGAAUGGAUGUUGCAAAAUUAUUUUUAUGACUUGCGUUUUUGUAACGGCUUGGCUUAUAAUAUUGAUUUCAGUGCAUCAUAGAAUAAGUGAACUUUUGUUCCUAUACCGGUAAUACUCAUCUUUGAAUCAAAACUGGCAUGUCAGUUCAGAUCCUCUAAUUUAAAAGUUCUGCUUCAGAUCUUUCAUUGCCAUGUAUACCAAUAUCAUUUUUUUGUGUGGUUAUAUAUUGGUCAGACCAAUAUAGUUGUUUUCAGAUAUUUUAUUAACAGAUUUUACCUCAGUAUAAGUUAUACAUGGUGCUUGUUCAGUGUCUCUACAUAGAUAUAUAGUAUAAUAAUUAAUAUAACCAAAUAAUUAUUCACUAUAUAUAGUCGCUUGAUUUAAAUUGUAUUGUUUGUGAUUACGGUGGGAAAAAGUGACAGCUUGACUUGAUUUUGAUUUUAAAUGUUGAAUAUGAACAGUUGUUACCUCUCUCAAUGGAGGAGGACAUGUAGUGUUUAAUUUUUCUCUUGUAUUGGUCAUGAGUAUCAGUUUUGUCUUAUGAAUUUGAAAAAUGUAUUAAAGAUAUAACAUCAUUGAGAGCAAUUUUAAAAUUUUACUUGUGAAUGUAGUCAUACAUUCUAAUGUGAUGAGUAAAUAAACUGAGGCUUCAAAGUGGAAGUUUAUUUAUAAGCUUUCUAUUGUCAUGAUUGCCUUGGAGUAUUUUGCUCUAUUAUAUUUAUGUAAGCAGGACCACUUUGCCUAGUACCAGAAUUACUAAGAGGAUUUUUGAAAUGCUGAAAGAAUAAAUUGCUAGAUCAUUAUUAAAAAUAAUUUCAAUAUCCAGAUCUUAAUAAUUACAAACCUUGUUUAUAUCAUUUGUAAGUUUUACUGAAUUACAUGUUUGUUUAUGUCACUGAAGUAAGUAACAUAUAUAGGUAUUUGAUCGUCAUUGUGUGUUGUGUUAAUUCACAUUUAUAAGUGCAUUUUUAAAAACUUUUUAAGUAAUAAGAAACCAAAUAUAUAAGAAAAGACUAAGAGGUUCAGCUAUGAAAUUUUUACAUUUCAGGUGUUAUAUUAAGUAACAUGAUGUUUUUUCUUCUUCUAAAAAUGUCAAAAGCCUGCUUAAGUUCUGUAUUCUUUUUCACUAUUUUUAAAGUUAAACAUUUCUGGUUAGAAAAAAGGACAUGAAAAUAUCAAUAUUAGUGUGUUUUAAAAACUAAUAUACAUUUUAUAUUUGGGUUGGUAAUUCUUCACCCAAAAAAUCAGCUCAAUGUUUCUCAUCUUGUAAAAUACUGACUGAUAUUCUGUUGUUAAAAAAACUUGAAACUCCUUGACAAUUGCAUUUGUUUUUAUUUUGUUUCUUUGUUGUUUUUUUGUUUUUUAUUGAUUGUUUUGUUUUUGCAAUUUCUGAAGUGCAACUCUUACUUUUGCUUUAAAAUACAUGCUUCAAAGAGCUAGUUAGGUAUUUUCGACAAAACAAUCCUGUGGUAAAACCACUAGGUUAAUUUGUUCCAAAAUGGCUGGAGAAACUAAAAUUUCUACCUAAAAUCUUUGCUUUAUUACCCUGUCACCAACCAAUAUAUGUUUUAAAACUUCUGUUCUGAAACUAUAGGUCAGCUAAGCUUUGAUGAGUAUCCACUAAAGCAGAUGUUUCAAUUAAAAAAAAAAAAUCUGAAAAAGCUUGCAGUCACUCAAGGAUAGUGUUGAAAAUGGGAGUAGUGUCCUUAGAUUAGCUUAGUUACUAAAUUUGAUCGAUUUUUAAGUUUUUUUUGAAAAUAUAAUGAAACUUAACAUCUAUCUUGUUUCCUUAUCCAUUAGAAUUUUAUAACUUAUUAAUAUAAAGAAAUUAUAGAAAAUAUUUUAAGUGUUUCAAAGUGCUGAAGAAAUAGGAAUUUAAAAGAAAAAAGAAGAUUAUCUGAUCCAUUCAGUUAUACAAAAAUUGAUGAAAAUGUAAUGCAAUAGAAUAAAUUGAGGUGGUUUUUAUUUAAGAAUUACAUUUUAUAGCUAAUAGUGCUCAGAAAAUUUGAUGGCAGUUUUAAGAAUAGUGACUGAUAGUUUAUUUGUUUUGAUAUGGAAAAUUUAUCCUCUUGCUCUUUAAAGCCCUUUUUAGAUAAGAAAAGGUUGAAAGUGACCAAAUCAUUAGAGCAACUAGAACCCUACAGUAUUUUUUGUUCUCCAUCCACAAAUUUGUGUCUUUAGUUAUUGGUAUAACUUGAAUAUGAUAGGUUUUUUUUUCAAACAUUGUGAAAGUUUCAACAUAACUUAUUUAUGUUACGUUUAAAAUUUGAUGAUUUUCACUUUUAAAAUGGAUUUAAUACAUGAAUAAUAUAUUUAACUUUAACCACAUUUUGAAAACAUAUCAGUUUUAUAUUUUCUUUUCUUUUGGAGUGUUUUCAUUGUUGACAUGUUUUUUUUUUAUAGUUUUAAUGCACAUUCUAGUUUUUGUCAUAUUGUGCAGCACAUUGCAUGUUAACAUUGACUCUGUCAAGUUUGAAAUACAACUUUAACAGUCAUCAAACAUUUAUUCCAUGAGGAAUAGGGUAAUAAAUUCCUUGUUUUUUGGACUCAUAUUUUUUUGAUAUACCAUGGUAAUUAGUACAGUUUCUAUUUCUAUUUCUAUUCUUGCAUAUAUUGUAACACUUGUAUAAGGUGCCUUUGUUUUAAAUGAAAAAAUGUUAAUAUCAAAAUAAAUAUUAAUUGAUUUGACCUAAUUUUUUUAUGGACAUCUGGUUAUGGAUUUGGGGUUGUCAGGCGGGUGGACAGGUCUUUGUGCAGGCGUUUCUAGCUGUAUCUGUAAAAUAAUUAAUGAACCUUUCAACCAAUGCUUUUCAAAUUUUAAUAUGUCGUGACUAAUGACAAAUUGGAGUUCAAAUUUGAUAUGACAAUUUUCACUUUGGUCGUUAGGAGUUAUGUCCCUUGAUUGCUUAAACAAUGACACUUACAUGUCUUGAAAAACUUAAUCUGUCAUUUUAACAGACUCCUGUCAUACUUUUUGAGUAGUAUUUCCAGAUAACAAGCUCAUAUUGGUAUAUAGAACUAGUCCAUACAUCAAAGGCUGAUUUAACAUGAUCGUAUUCACAAACACUUUUCUUAUAGUAAUAUACGAUAAAUAUUUUAGUGUACAUAAGACAAUUAAGAACAUUAAAAGAAAAUGUCCUAAACAUUUCAUCUUUGCCUGACUUAUCCAAUUGUAGAGGAAUUGUUCUUGAAUGUUAAUGAAAAGGAGGUAAAUUUUAGUGAAACCUUUACAACUAUGGAAUAACAUUGACUCAGUCAUAUUUUAAAGUACAUCUUGAAAGGGUAAAAUAAAAUGAAGUCAAGCCGUUAGGCAUAUGUAGUUAGUAUUGUAGAAGGUCACAGUUGUUACUUCCAAUGACAUUUGUUACAUGGGUUACAUCAUAUGACAUUGAAGUUUGUUUUGAGUUUGAAAAUCGCAGGAAUAAAAUAUCUGUUUAUUGUUUUAAUUGUUUGAAGGCUUAAAAUGAGGUUAAUAUUGAUUGUUAAGAGUUAUUUACCCUUAUCUAAUGAUUUACCAUUGUAAUACAGUAAGAGAAGUUAUCAGCUGUAUAAUAUGAUGGCUCAAAAAGAAGCAUUUUAUUUUCAAUUAUCAGAAGAUUGUCUUCACUAUUUUUUUUUAUUAUUUGUCAUAAGAUUGUAAAUAAGCAUUUUCAACUGUUUCUUAAACAAGUUUAUAAUUUGAUAUCAUAAUUUUUUUUUGCAUAUUUUAAAUCAUAGCUAGAAAAAAAAAGGUAUUAUAUUUUGGUGAAUUUCUAGUUAAAUGUUUAACAGAAAUUGAAUGAUGUUGAAAAAAUGGUUUAAGACGGACUAUACAGAAUUGUACCAUACUGCAUACAUCUGUAAUUUAAUUUAAAAUUUUGCGUUGGUUGCAUACUCUAAGACUGAGUUUACAGUUGUCAACUAAGUGUACAGUAUUACUCAGAGAUAUAUAAUAGUUAUUAUGAUGCUAGAGUUACUUUCUAAUGAGUUUGGUAUAAGAUAUACCCAGUAGUAAGUUUAUACUGUUGACUCUAUUGUUAUUUUUUUAUUUUGUUAAUAUUAGAAAUAUCAUUGAUAUAUACAUAGUGUCUGUUCCAAAACUCUUAAAUACAACCAUUUUUAAAAAACAAAGAAAAGAAGAAGUGAAUUAUGGUUUGUGGCACAUUAAGCUAAUGAGAAAUUUUUUGAACUAGAUAACUUUAUGGAUAUUGCUACACAUUGCAUGAUAAAUAAUGAUACUUAAUUAUAAUUUUUGGAACAGUACUAGUCCAUCAGUUUGUUGUAUUCUUAUUUGGUUCAUAUUGUUGAUCAGAUCUGGUUAUGCUUUAUAGAUAAAUAUAAUAAAAAGUGGAAAAUAAACACUAUA